AUGGGAAAAGUUACUGGCUGGUACCCAGGCUGGCACGUUGCUCAGCUAGCCGCCUGGACGUGGCUUUUGAUCGUUACUUUUGGCUUUGCCGGAGCAGAAAUCACUUGCAGAUCAUGCCAUUGGCAGGUGCAGCUACAAGAGCAGCAGCCACGGCAACCCCAGCAAGGAAUAUUAAUGCGCUUGAAGACAGGACGAGACAGCGGUGAGGCACGGAGGUUACCUGUGGAGAAAAGAGGUGAGCGGCAGCCCGGUCGUGGGGAGGAGGCGGCGGCGGCGGCGGCUGCGGCGGCGGCGGCGGGUGCUGGGCAUCGAAGCUUUUCUGCUUCUGCUCCCGCUCCCGCUAGGGAGAAACAUGCCAGCCUGGAAUCGAGGAACCUGCCCGGCGAGUCCUCCGAGGCUCCACUCAGCCUGUCGCCCUCGGAUGCUGCUAAGCCCACCCGCGCCAAGUUCCCCUCUGCUCCUCCGUGCUCCCCGGGAAACUCCGAGGCCCCCCGCGCUGCCCAGUCGGCGCCCCUCGGCUGGCUGAGAAGGAGCGAGGCGGAUGGAAAGGGGCAGCUGAGCCGGAAGGCCAGAGGAGCGCCUGCUGAAAGAGAGCCGCAGCUGGAGAACCGGGACCGGGCGCCGGCGGAGCAGCCGCAAGGGAGAGGCACGCGCUUUCGGCCGGAGGAGCUCAAAUUGACUAGCACGACCUUCGCCCUCACGGGGGAUUCGGCGCACAACCAAGCUAUGGUGCACUGGUCUGGUCACAACAGCAGCGUGAUUUUAAUUCUGACAAAGCUGUAUGACUACAACCUGGGGAGUAUCACGGAGAGCUCGCUGUGGAGGUCAACUGAUUAUGGGACAACCUACGAAAAGCUAAAUGACAAAGUGGGUCUGAAGACUAUUCUGAGUUACCUCUAUGUUUGUCCAACCAAUAAGCGCAAGAUUAUGUUGCUUACUGACCCUGAGAUUGAGAGCAGCCUGCUGAUCAGUUCUGAUGAAGGAGCCACUUAUCAAAAAUACCGGCUGAACUUCUAUAUCCACAGCAUGCUCUUCCACCCCAAACAGGAGGACUGGAUUCUGGCCUAUAGUCAAGAUCAGAAGUUGUACAGUUCAGUUGAAUUUGGAAGAAGAUGGCUACUUCUCCAGGAAAAUGUAACACCAAACAGAUUCUACUGGUCUAGGAUGGGAACCAGUAAAGAGCCAGACAUUGUCCACUUAGAGGCAAAGACAGUGGAUGGUCAUGCGCAGUACAUCACUUGCAGAAUGCAGAACUGCUCCGAAGCAAUAAGAAGUAAACCCUUUCCAGGAUAUAUUGACUUUGACUCCCUUAUUGUCCAGGAUGAUUAUGUGUUUGUUCAGCUGACAUCAGGAGGUCGACCUCAUUACUACGUGUCCUAUCGGAGAAAUGCAUUUGCGCAGAUGAGGCUUCCUAAAUAUGCAUUGCCAAAGGACAUGCACGUUAUCAGCACCGAUGAGAAUCAGGUGUUUGCUGCAGUUCAGGAGUGGAACCAGAAUGAUACAUACAAUCUUUACAUCUCUGAUACCCGAGGAAUCUACUUCACUCUGGCUUUGGAAAAUGUCAAGAGCAGCCACGACCUGGAGGGCAAUGUGAUGAUAGACCUCUAUGAGGUAGCAGGGAUAAAGGGAAUGUUCUUGGCUAACAAGAAGAUUGACAACGAAGUGAAAACUUUCAUCACAUACAAUAAAGGACGAGACUGGCACUUGCUGCAGGCCCCGGACACAGAUCUGAGAGGAAACCCAGUUCACUGCCUCCUUCCCUAUUGCUCCCUACAUCUUCACCUGAAGGUUUCAGAGAACCCAUACACUUCUGGAAACAUUGCUAGCCGAGAUACUGCACCAGGCAUCAUUGUGGCCUCUGGUAACAUUGGUACUGAGUUGUCAGACAAUGAUAUCAGCAUGUUUGUUUCAUCUGAUGCUGGCAACACUUGGAGACAAAUCUUUGAAGAGGAACACAGUGUUCUUUAUCUGGAUCAAGGUGGGGUUUUGGUUGCCAUGAAACAUACAUCUCUGCCUAUCAGACAUCUCUGGUUAAGUUUUGAUGAAGGAAGAUCUUGGAGCAAGUACAGUUUCACUUCCAUCCCACUUUUUGUUGAUGGUGUAUUGGGGGAACCUGGAGAGGAGACCCUAAUAAUGACAGUUUUUGGACACUUCAGCCAUCGUUCUGAGUGGCAGCUGGUGAAAGUAGAUUACAAAUCAAUUUUUGACAGACGAUGUGCUGAGGAUGACUACCGACCCUGGCAGCUUCAUAGUCAGGGAGAAGCAUGUAUCAUGGGAGCAAAAAGGAUCUACAAGAAGCGUAAAUCAGAAAAGAAAUGCAUGCAGGGAAAAUAUGCUGGAGCUAUGACUUCUGAACCAUGUGUUUGCACAGAGGCAGACUUUGACUGUGACUACGGAUUUGAGCGUCACAGCAAUGGCCAGUGUUUGCCAGCAUUUUGGUACAAUCCAUCUUCCUUGUCCAAAGAUUGCAGUCUUGGUCAGAGUUAUCUCAACAGCACUGGGUAUAGGAAGGUUGUAUCUAAUAACUGCACAGAUGGUGUGCGUGAACAGUACACAGCCAAGCCUCAGCAAUGCCCUGGCAAGGCUCCACAUGGGCUUCGAGUUGUCACUUCAGAUGGCACAUUGACAUCCGAACAAGGACACAACGUUACCUUCAUGGUCCAGCUGGAAGAGGGUGAUAUCCAAAGAUCAAUAAUCCGUGUGGACUUUGGAGAUGGCAGUGCAGUGUCAUACGCCAAUAUCAGCUCAACAGAAGAUGGGAUCAAGCAUGUCUACCAGAAUGUCGGAAUUUUUCGAGUGACAGCGCAGGUGGAAAACAGCCUGGGGACAGACAGUGCUGUCCUGUACUUGCAUGUAAAUUGCCCUUUGGAACAUGUCCAUUUAUCACUGCCAUUUGUAACAACAAAGAACAAAGAAGUUAAUGCCACAGCAGUGUUGUGGCCCAGUCAAGUUGGAACAUUAACUUACAUCUGGUGGUUCGGAAACAACACUGAGCCACUGAUCACCCUGGAAGGGAGCAUCACAUUUACAUUCUCUGCAGAAGGGAUGAACACGAUCACAGUGCAAGUGUCUGCAGGGAAUGCCAUUCUUCAAGACACCAAGACAAUUGCAGUGUAUGAACAAUUUCAGUCUUUACGGCUUGCCUUCUCACCAAAUCUUGAUGAAUACAACCCAGACAUUCCUGAAUGGAGACGGGACAUUAGUCGAGUUAUCAAAAGAGCACUUGUUGAGGCAACAGCUAUUUCCAGCAGACACAUUUUGGUGGCAAUCCUGCCAGGUUUACCCACAUCAGCUGAACUCUUUAUUUUACCCUAUAAGGACCCCACAGGGGAAGACAAACAGACAGCAGAAGAUCUGCAGCAGAUAUCAGAAAUAUUAGUCCAGAAACUGAACCAAAACUCCAUUCAGUUUGAUUUAAAACCUGGGGUUAGAAUCCUUGUCCAUGCUGCCCAUUUAACAGCAGCCCCUCUCAUAGAUGUCACACCUAGCCACAGUGGUUCAGCCAUGUUGAUGCUGCUCUCCGUUGUGUUUGUGGGCUUGGCAGUAUUUGUAAUCUACAAAUUCAAAAGGAAGAUUCCGGGCAUUAAUGUUUAUGCACAGAUGCAGAAUGAGAAAGAUCAAGAGAUGGUCAGUCCAGGCAGUCAAAGUGAAAGCAUGCCUAAUGUCCCUCAGAGGGAGCUGAUGACCCCAGAGCAACUAGUAGAGGAGAAGGUGGAUUCCCAGCCCAUAGGAAGUAUUUCCACAGUUGCUGAGACUCAAAGCACAAAAGAGAUCCCUACCUGUAUAAAUGUUUGAAACAAGGACACCGAUCUGUCUG